GAGGAGGGGCCCGGGGUAGCGUAUAAAAGGGGACAGGGAGAGCCGCUCGCCAGCGUGCGAUCCCCUUGGGAGCAAGAGCCGAGACUUCCUCCGUACCCGCCGGCAGCCACACGCUACCCUCCACCGGACACCAUGGUGCACUGGACAGCCGAAGAGAAGCAGCUCAUCACUGGCCUCUGGGGCAAGGUCAAUGUGGCCGACUGCGGUGCUGAGGCCCUGGCCAGGCUGCUGAUCGUCUACCCCUGGACCCAGAGGUUCUUCGCUUCCUUCGGGAACCUCUCCAGCCCCACCGCCAUCAUUGGCAACCCCAUGGUCCGCGCCCAUGGCAAGAAAGUGCUCACCUCCUUCGGGGAAGCCGUGAAGAACCUGGACAACAUUAAGGCGACCUUCGCCCAGCUGUCCGAGCUGCACUGCGACAAGCUGCACGUGGACCCCGAGAACUUCAGGCUCCUGGGUGACAUCCUGAUCAUCGUCCUGGCCGCCCACUUCACCAAGGAUUUCUCUCCCGACUGCCAGGCUGCCUGGCAAAAGCUGGUCCGUGCGGUGGCCCACGCUCUGGCCCGCAAGUACCACUAAAGCGUCAGCAGAAAAGCCCCGGCAGCAUCCUCUAGCUGCGUGUCAUGCACCGGCUGACAUGCUGCUCUGGAGCUGACAGCUUUUAAAUAAAAGAUCAUCCAAAAAGCUGACAGCCAAAUAAAGCUCAUCCUGUGAAGUCUC